AAUAAAGCUUUGGGGAUUUUGAAACAUCAUGGCGGCGUGCAUGCUCCCCGCAGCCUCCAGAUACUCACUGUUUAUUUGUCUAAGAGACAGUUUUCUGACACCGAGGACAAUCUACCGACUGUCAUCUAUUUCUUGUGGAAACGGUUGCACCAGUGGGAGGACAUCGUCCACUUCCUCCCCGGAGUCCCCGGCCGCAGACACCUGCGCCUUCAGCGGACACUAUGGCCGCCUUGUGCAGCGCGGCUCCCUGAGAGAAGAUGCUCUGCAGAAACAGGUUCUCUGGCGGCUGGCUGAGCUGCAGCGCACCAUGGAGAACUACAGCAACGACAUCUACCUGAAUCCACCCCCACGAGGUCAGUGGACGGACGGGAAAGAGUCCCGCGCAAUAACAGCUGGAGGCCAGCGUGGUGGACCUGCUGCUGAGGAGGAACCCUCUCCACCACCAGCACCACCACCACCACCGCCUCCACCACCGCCUCCCAAAGGCUUCUACAUCUAUGGAGAUGUUGGCACAGGGAAGACCAUGCUCAUGGAUAUGUUUUAUUCCCACGUGGAAAACACUCGUAAAAAGAGAGUCCACUUCAAUGGCUUCAUGUUGGACAUCCACAAAAGGAUACACGGGAGGAGACAAAGCCUGCCAAAGAGAAGGCCAGGGGAAACGUUCACCUGUGACCCCAUAUCACCGGUUGCCAUGGAGAUCAGCAAUGAAGUUUGCCUGUUGUGUUUUGAUGAGUUUCAGGUGACCGACGUCGCCGACGCCAUGAUCCUGAAGCAGCUGUUUGAGACGCUGUUCGAGACCGGAGUGGUGGUGGUGGCCACCUCCAACAGACCCCCUGAUGAUCUGUACAAAAACGGACUUCAGAGGGACACCUUCCUACCUUUCAUCGACGUGCUAAAGGAGUACUGCCACACAAUCCGUCUCGACUCGGGUACCGACUACAGGAGGCUGAACAACGCUGCAGCCGUAAAACACUACUACCUCUCGGGGGAGCCUGGCGCGGCGGCCUUCCUGGAUGCGCUGUUCGAGGAGCUGGCCUCGGGUCAAAAGAGCGUUACAGGCCCUCGGUUGCUCACAGUUCUGGGCAGAGACGUGAGGCUGGAAAAGACCUGUGGCUCCAUCGCUGACUGUAGUUUUGAUGAGCUGUGUGGCAAACCUCUGGGUGCCAGCGACUACCUGGAAAUGGCGCGGCUCUUUGACACGGUAUUCAUUCGCCACGUUCCGAUCCUGACGCUGACCCUGAAGGACCAGGCCAGGCGCUUCACCACCCUCGUUGACAACUUCUACGACAACAAGGUGAGAGUGGUGCUGCUGGCAGCUUCGCCUCUAGAGCGGCUGUUUGUCCACACCGGAGGGGACAAUGAGAGGGACAGACAACUGCUGGAUGACCUGGGCCUCAGCGGGGAGGCCGCCGAGCGCCUCACGCUGUUCACGGCCGAGGAGGAGAUCUUUGCCUUCCAAAGGACCGUCUCCAGACUGACGGAGAUGCAAACGGAGUCCUACUGGAUGAAGGGAGACCGCAGACACACCAGGAAACCCACCAGCACCUGACAUCCACCGCUGACCGCCUCAUAAUCACAUAAACCUCCAGACAGCGAAUGCUGCUCAAGAGAAGUUCAGAAUCAGCGCGAGGAAAAAAAAAAGACUUGAUAGCCGCAGUAAAUAUAUAGCAAAAAAAAAUGAAACCUGUCUUGGAUUUAGAUCCGACUGAUCUCAUGCAUGUGUGUUGUACCUUUUUUACUGUGUGGUCCUCUUCUAAGAGGAGUGCUCUCUCCCCCUUGUGGAAUAUUUUCUUUAAAGAAUAUGGAAACCUCCCCAACAUGUUGAAACUACAAGGGAAACAGGUGUUCUCACUCACCUCGGAGCAGUUGGCUGCCUCCCUCUGGUGGACAAAUGUGAGAAUUGUUUUCAAGAACAAUUUUUGUUCUCUGUGGUCUGUGUAAAUUUACGUUACAUUACAGGUAAUUUAGCUGGCGCUUUUAUCCAAAGCGACUUUUUAACCCAUGGUGUUUACAUUUUUGCCCGGGGGAGCAAUUAUUAAUAAUUAAGACAGACACAAACUUCACUACAUUUACAAAUUGUCGAUGUUUCUUUUAAGUGUAAGAGUUGACAAAAUGUGAUAAUUUCAGAGUAGGAAAAUUGCUAUUUAUAUUUAAUUACUCUGCAUUGGAGGGGCCUCUUCUAUGUGUUUUUCUUGUUACCCUACAAAAAUAUAUAAAUAUAUACUGGAGCCAUGCAGACAUAUUUGAUACUUUUGACAGUUUGAUUAAGGUAAAAGAUUUUCUGUUUCUGUGUUUAACGAUUCAAAAUGUAUAUGACAAACACCACAACGCUUAAAUUGCAAUAUAAUUAAAAGAAAAAUAUAAGCAGGAA